UAUGCUGCAGUGUGUUGUGGAUGAAAUGGCUGGUGGGGGAACUGAUCAACAGGAAGAGGCUGCUGGUGCAGAUGACCCAAGCCAGGAGGAUGUGAACCCACCAUCAAAGAAGGCCCGAAAUGAGAGUCUGCAGGACAUGUACCAAGAAAUCCUCGCAGAGAAUGAUGUACAGCAAGCUGCAACAGGUGUAACUGCUUCACAGGUGCAGACAUAUUUGGCAGAGAUCACCAUCCUCAAGACAGCAUGCCCCUUGAUGUACUGGAAUUCCAACCGAACCCGCUUCCCUGCUCUGGCCCGUGUUGCACGCAAGUACCUAACUGCGCCCUGCACAAGUGUAGACAGCGAGCGGCUGUUUAGUGCUGUUUCUCAUGUCAUUGAUGAGAAGAGGAAUCGUAUACAUUGUGACAAUGCUGAGAUACUAAUUUUCAUCCAGAAAAAUCUUCCUCUCCUACAUUAGUACAACGG